AUGGAAGAUGCUGACAAUCACAGUGAUUCUUUAUCUCCAAGAAGUGAUGCUGCUUGGUCAAAUCUACCCUCUCCAAUGCUCUCUUCUAAAUGUGAUACUUCCAUUACUAGUGAUAGAUCUAAAUCUCCAUCUGAUGAUGUUCUUAAAGUUCCGCAACCCGCUCAUUCUGAUCUUGAUGUGGUUGACUCUGAUGGUGGUGAUGAAGAAGACAAUGAUGGUGCCUAUAUUAAAGGGAAGACUCAUAAUUUAGCAACUUUUGAAGUAUAUGACAUCUUUUUGAAAGCUCUGAAUGAUAGAGGAAAGCUGAAUACUCUACCACCCGUUAAGCCAGCUGGAGGGAGCAUGUUCAUUUAUGAUUUGGGAUUAGAUGAAACACUGCAUAAUAGCAAGAGGAAACAAUUAAGGUGUGAUCAAUAUCGCUGGUCCCAUAAAGGUACCCAUCCUUUAAAGCAUCAGACUAUAACGAUUAUGAAAAAGAGCGGUAUGAUAGAUUUAAAGGAUGCUCCAAGUGGGGAUGACAGAUUCUAA